AUGCUUCCACUAUCAUUUAAGAAAGGUCCAGGUAGACCUAGGAGACUUAGGUUUAGGGAACUUUAUGAAAAUGGUUCUAGAACGAGAAGGCCUGGUGUCAGUUACAGGCGCACUAAGUGUAACAAGAUUGGUCAUAACUCAAGAAAAUGUCAGAGUAAAGAAGAAAACCCUGCUGCAUUAAAGAGAAAGAGAAAAACACCUAGGGUUAAACCUGCUAAUACAAAUGGAAAAGUGGAUGAGCUUGCAGUUGAGUCUGCAGUGGAUGAGAAUGCAAUUGAUGAGCCUGCAGUGGACUACUUCCAUGGUGAAAUUGAUGCAUCAAUUGAAGCAAUGGUGGCCUCAAUUGAAGCUAAAUACCAAGAAAAUCAAUCCUCUCAGAUUGUGAAUCUAACCCCUAACACUACUGAAGUUGUUGCUGAUACCAUGUCUCCAAAAAAGAAACAAAGGAUGGCCUCCAAGAAGAAAUCUGUGUCUACUAAAAAGAAAAAAAAUAUGUUGUAUAAUAUGCUUAGGUUGAAGCUUAGUAUGAUGUUUGUAAUGCACAUAAUGUGUUUAGUUUGA